AAGCUGGAGAAGUAAUGGAGGUGUUCAGGGUGACUGUUCUAAGAUACCUGUCCUGCUGCUCGCGCGCCAGCUUUGAAAACUCACGCGCAGUCAAACGGUCAACGGUUGAGGCCGGAGCCUCUUCAGCGACAAGAGGCGGCGGCAGCGACAUCGUCUGACUUAUCCGCAAAAAAGGGGAGCAGCCAGCCAGAGAGAGAGAGAAAGCAAAAUAAAUUGGUCAAAGCAAAAGGAUCCCCUCAAAUAGAAACUGAGUGUAUCCCAAACAACAGUUACUCAGGAUUUUAAUUGGUAUCAACAGCCGCCACAAUCUCUCUCUCUCUCUCUGCUCCAUCCCAGUCAAGUCAGCUGAUGGUUUACAAAAUAAUUCUUUAACGGAAAGGAAAUUGAAGACUCUUCACAUUCAGGAGACUUCCUACCGAUAAAUAAUAAGUUGCGACACCACUCACGAUGCAGACCAACAAUGUUUUAUGGGACAGAAACCACAAAACGGAUUCCGAAUCCGACCUUGAUACGGAACUGGCCAGCUUAUGGGUCGCCGAAGAGACAGAUUUCUGCCAGGUUGUUGAUGAGGAGGAAGCCAGAAAACAUUUAAAGAAACCACUAGUCUUUGCAGAUCUCAUUGAUGAAGAUGAAGUCGAGAGAAAAAUUUUGCUGUCAAAGCCAACAUGUUUCUUAAUUGUGGGGAAACCAUCUGUUGGGAAGAAAACAUUAGCUAAAAGCUUAGCACAGGCAUGGAAGUCAAUUUUGAUUGAACCUCAAGAACUUAUACAAGAAAACAUUGAUGCAAACACAGAAAUUGGGAAACAGUUUCAGGCGUGUCUCCUUAGGGGUGAGAGCAUUUAUGAGGAGCUGGUAAUAAACUUGAUGCUGGAUAAACUGUGCUCUCCAGAGGUUGCUCAUAGAGGUUAUGUUUUAUGUGAAUUUCCUUGCCUAUCCGAGGACUACUUGAAGAUCCCAGAACAAAUACAACUCAUAAAAAGUAUGGAGCUAAAGCCUGACUUUAUCAUUAAUAUCAAGUGUCCUGAUUAUGACUUGUGUGAGCGUGUGUCUGGACAACGUCAAGAUCCUCUCACAGGGAAAAUAUACCGGCAAGAACAAUGGAACCCAGACAAAGGAGAAAAAGAUAAAGCCAAAGCAGAACCUGAAGAAGAAGAGGCUGAAGAAGAGGAGGAAGUAGUUGAGGAGGAUGAAGAGGAUGAAGGUUUAGAUCUUGAUGCAGGCCUAAUUGCACGUUUAGUGAAGAGACCUGAAGAUCUUCGCACAACUAUUGAAAAACAAGUCGCCCUAUACAAAGACAAAAUGUUGAGGCUUUUAGAGGAUUAUAUGGCUGAUCAUGAUCGACAAAAUGUGAUGGAAUUGGAUGGAAACAACAAGCCAGAUGAGUUGUUUGUGUCAGUGUUGUACAAAUUGGAAUUCCUGGGUUUACAACCUGCAGCUCUAGUACAAUCCCUAAAUGAAGAAGAUGAAGAAGAAACACCAGAAGACAUUGAAGAUGAUGAUCUGUUCCGAACUGUUGCAGCAAUGAAGCGUGUUGCACCUGGAUUCCGCUGGCGUAGGAGCAAGUGGGGUCGAGCGUGUCCUGUCUCUUUAUAUGAGGGCAACUACGUUUUGGGCAAAUUGCAGUUUGUUGCUAGCUAUCUGGACAAAAUGUAUUUCCUUUCAUCUGAGGAAACUUUGAAGAAGUUUAUCUUAAAUCCUCGACCAUACCUUCUCCCUCCACAGCCUCGUCCAACUUGCAAGGUUGCAAUAUUGGGUCCAAAAUCUGCAGGAAAGACCACACUCUGCAAAUUGCUUGCACAGAAUUAUGAUGCAAAGGUUCUGGACAUGUUUGAGCUUUUGGAGCCACAACGACAGAAAUUGAAGUUAGACCAUAUUGAAAAAGUUCGGGCAGAAGCACUGCAAUCAGCACUCAUUACUGUUAAAGAAAAUCUGGCAAAAACAAUGUUAGAAGAAGCUCAAGCUGAAUUUGAACGGCAACAAUCUCAGGCAAUUAAAUUAGAGAACGUAACCAUAACAGAAGAAGAUGAGGAGAGUGGUGGUGAAUCAAAAGAUACCAGCUCAGGAACAUUUAAUGUAGCACCUUCCAAUGAUUCAGUGAAAGUACCUUUUGACAUUGAAGCUGUAAAGCAACAAUUGAAAAUUCCGGAAGACCACCCAGACGUAAAAGAAAUUGUGAAUCAGGCUGUUCAGAAUGCAAUGCAGGAUGAUUUGCAAUUGCCAAUCAAUGACUACAUGGAUGCAUUGUUAAAAGCUCUUUCAGAGAUUAUGGAAGAACAGAAAGUGAAGAAUCCUGAUCAUCUUGUGGCUGGGGGUUGGGUACUGGAUAAUUUCCCAGAGACAAUGGAUCAGUGUAGAGUAAUGUCAGAGCGAGGUUUUGCUCCUGAUAAUAUAUUCCUGCUACAUAAUGCUGUGGAUGAUGGAAAAUUCUUGCUGAAUAGAUUGUAUACUUUAAAUAAAGAUCUGAUUGAAAUCAAGAUGAUCCAUAGACUUAAAGAGGCAGAAAAAAAUAAACGUGACAAAGAAGCCACAUUAGCAUCUGGAGCAGAGAAUCCACAAACAGAGACCCUAGAGAUGAAAGGGGAAAGUGAAGUUGUAGCUGAAGAGGAAAUGAAGGAGCCGGCUCAAUCUAAAUCAGAUGUUGAGAUUUCUGAAUUGCAAACCUCAACAGAAACAGAUCAAAUUGCAUCUGAUCAACAAAUUACAAUUGAAUCAGAACCUACAGCUGAAUUGGAACAGUCACCUGUAUCUGACAUUCAACCAGAAAUAGAACCCGAACCUGAAAUCACAUUACCAGCAGUUCCUGAGGGAGGUUAUCCUGAGGGUCCAGAAAUGGAUCAUUAUCGCAAGCUUAUCUCUGAAUACAUACGUGGAUUCAACUCAAUUGAAGUAGUGCUUCGAACAACUGUAUAUAAAAUGUUGGAGAUUGCAGACAAAACUCCAGAUGCUCUUUUGAAAGAAGCUGUUGAAAUUAUGGAAAAACCCUUCAAGUAUUAUGGCUGGGAAUUAUCUGGUGCAGACUUAGAUGAAGAACAAGAAGAUGCUGAAUUAUUAGCAGAGGAAGCAGAAGAAGAAGUUGCUGAAGAAGAGGAGGAGGUGGAGGAGGGUGAAGAAGAGGAAGACGAAGAUGAAGAUUUGGCCCAACAAAAGAACAGACAGAUGGGAGAAAGUAAACAUUACUGUCCCGUGGUCUUAAAAGAAAAAGCAGUUCUUUAUCCAGGUGAUAAAGAAUGUGGUGCUAAAUAUCGAGAAAAAUAUUAUUAUUUUUCUCAUCCAAAUGCUAGAGAUGAAUUCUUAAAGAAUCCAGAAGAAUAUGUAAAUGAAAAUGAACCUCUGAAGCCACCUCCACUAAGGUUAUUCGUAUUUGGGGCUAAAGGAUCUGGUAAAACAGUUAAUAGCAGAUGGUUGGCAAAAAAAUUUGGCAUCUUUCACAUUCAGUUCACUGAAUAUAUUCAGGAGCUCCUUUUCCCUAAAACCAAAAAAAAGGUUGGCCCUGAAUACGAUGAUGAACCAACAGAAGAAGAACUGAUUGAAAUAGCAACCAUUGCAGCACUUGAAAGGGGUGAACCAGCUGAAAAUAUUGAGAUUGAAAAUGAAAAACCAGAGGAAGAAGAAGUGGAGUAUACUGCAGAAGAAGAAGCCAUGAAAGCAUACCUCCUUGAAGAUGAGCAAUUGCCAUCAGAAAUCCUCGAUAACCUUAUUCCAAAGUGGUGGAAUGAAGAACCAUUCAAAUCUACAGGGUUUGUUCUGGAUGGUUUCCCAGCUACAGCAGAAGAAGUUCAGUACCUAGUAAAAUGUAGCUUGUUCCCAGAUGCAGCCAUUUUCAUUAAGGUUGAAGAACGUAAUGUGCUGAAUUGGAUCCUUCCUUCAAGACUUGAAAAAUGGAAAGAAAAACGCAGACAAAAGCUAGAACGCAAGAAUAAAAUAAAAGAAUUGAAGAAAAAAAUAAGGGAUGAAAAAAUUGAAAAAAGAAGACAGGAACUUUUGGCAGAGCGAGCUGAAAAAAGGAAAGAAAAUGAGGCUAAUAAAAUUGAACAAGCCUCAAAUGAAAGUGAGGCUACUGACGAAGAAGAUGAGGACAACAUUGAGGAAAUAUUAGCAGAUGAGUUUAGCAUGGAGGAGGAAGAAGAAGAUGAAGAGGAUGAAGAAGAGGAGGAUGCUGUUGAACGAAUGAGAACUGAAAUUGGAGAUAAAUAUGAGGCAGAUCAUGACAGAAUAGAGAUACUUCGGGACCAACUCAGAGAAAGUUUAAUACCAUGCAUUGUAAUCGAAGGAACACGCAAACCUCACAUUGUCUACUAUAAGCUGAAUCAGAAAGUGGAACCACUUGUGAUAAAUCGUGAUAGCCUGUUUGAAAAAUGUUUCCCAGUGAACAUAAGACUGGCUCGCAAGAUACUGGGGAAUUCCUAUAAACUGUUGAGUAGUUUUGGCCUCUGGGAUGUUGUUGAGUUAAGCAAAGGAACUUCAAUUCAGCCUCUCCGUGAUAUCCACCAUAAUGUCUUCCCUGUUAUCCACCGCAAGUAUGUUUAUUACUUUGCUACCAAGGAGAACAGAAACAAAUUCAUGGCCAAUCCUUUCAAAUAUAUUUCCCAGCCUAAACCCAGGCCUGUUGUACCCAUCAAGAUUGCCAUUUUAGGACCACCAAAAUCUGGAAAAAGUACAGUGGCUAAGAGAUUCGUCAGUGAGUUUGGAAUUCUACGUAUUUCAGCAGGAGAAGCUGUUCGCACCAUUCUGGCCACUCAGAAGAAAACUGAACUGGCUACUCACAUUUUGAAACAUCUGCAAAAGGGAUUGGUAGUACCAGAUGAAUUUGUUAUAAAAUGUAUUGAACUCAUCCUAAUGGAUGUCAUAUGCAACACAAGAGGAUUUGUCCUAGAUGGUUAUCCAGUGACCAGACAUCAAAUAAAUCUCAUGAACAAUUGUAAAAUAAUACCUGUUAAAAUUAUAGAACUUCAAGCAGAUAUAAAAGAGAUUUUGAAAAGAGGUCUCACUGACAGCAAGUCACCAGACAGGACUUAUCCACUCCAUGACAGUUCUCAAAUUCUGACUGUUCGAAACUCAUCGUAUAUUCAUGAGAUUAGUGCUAUCUGGAAAUAUUAUCAAGUGGAGCAUCAAAAUUGGCACAUUAUUUAUGCACUGCGCAGCAAAUGGUGGGUGUGGGAAAACGUGCUAGAAAUUGUUAAAACUAGUGUGAAACUGAUUGAACUAUAUCUGCAAAGAAUACAAGAAGGUAAAGCUGCCCGUAUUACUGGUCUGUGUAUCACCCCCAAGGAACUAAAGUCUCGGCUUGGAGUGUUUCAGCAAUAUUGCCCUGUUAGCCUUCAGUUACAUGGAGAACUUGUAGACUGUUCUACUGAUCCUUCAUUAGAAUUUGCAGCAGAAUUCCGAGGAUAUUACUAUAAAAUGGAAUCAAAACAGACUCUAGAUAUGUUCUUGGACAAUCCAGAGGCAUUUGUACCUCCAUUGGCUUCUCAAUCUCUUCCGACAGCUGAACUGCUACCAAGAAGACUUACUGCAGCUGGAGUAAAAGCCAGGUUUCCUAAACAGGCAGAAUUUAUGGGCUACUGUCCAGUUACAUUUGUGGAUGGAAAACUGAGAUAUGAAGCAUUGGUCCCUGGAGCCAUUGAUAAUGCUGCUGAGUACAGAAACAGAAUAUUUUUAUUUCAGGAUGAGGAACACCUUGAUAAGUUCAUGCGAGUGCCUGGAAAAUACUGGGAUCUAACACUCCCAAAUAAACUUCCACCGGUGAAGGAUCCAGUUCUUCCCACUUCACUUCCAAUGCUUGGAUAUAUGGAACAAGGUGCAGCAUUAUCAAUAAUCAAAGCAUUGACGGCUGUAGGUUGUUUGAAGCCAAAAUAUCCCUUCUUAAGCGUGAAGAAAUCUGCACUGCUGUACGUUUCUUAUCAUCUGAAAGCAUACAAUCCAAACAGCUUUGACUAUGUGAAAAAGAAAUACAGAAAGAAGCUGGAGAAAUAUGAAGAACAUUGUGAACUUAUCAGUUACCUCGGUUCAAAGAUGACCAAAAAGUACAAGGAGCCAAAAGAUAGACCAAUUGACUUUGAUUACAAAUUACAAAAGUUCCUAUCACUCAAAAACUUGGAUCCUACCGUAAAUGAUGUUCUUUAAGAAGAUUUGACUUCACUAAGCCUGUCACUGUUUUUUAAAAUUGAAUUAUUCAUUAGCCAGCAAACAUUUUUCUUUUGAGUAACACUUUCUUUAAUACCUGUUAGGUUCUUCAAGCAGUGGUAAAUGCUACACUGUUAAUUAAAGACGUCUUUUGUAUCACAUUUUAGAAUAAUUUACAAUGUUAGAUUUUACUCAGACAUAGAAGUGGAUAGCCAUCUUGCUCCUGUGAGUCUUACAAAUUUCAUUACCUCAUCAGCAAUUAGAAGGUAUGUAAGAGCAGCCUUGUGAUGCUUGUUUUGUUUCUUCCCCUGAUUGCUCUAAUUAAGUACUUUCUCCUUGUCUGUGUUAACCCAGCUUGGAUUUUUUUGCAGACAAUCACAGCCAUGAAACCUUCUUAUUACUAAAGGACUAAUUAAUUUGCAUACCAGUUUGUUUCAUUUUGCGUCUACCUAGCACACAGGCUUUGUGUUGCAUUCUUACGCCUAAGAUUUUCAAUUUUUUUGCUUCAUUCUGAUCAUAAGUUACAUUUAGAAUUGAGAACACAUAUUCGCUUGAAAUAAGUAGUAUAUUAGGAACUAUCGUCGAUGGGUUGAU